CCCACAUUCAGAGGCAAACUCCUUCUUGAACACUUUUCUCCGAGCCUUCCGCACCGACUGAAAAUAAGAAUGCUACUGUGCGGAGGUGUAUUGGUACUGCUGGCCUCAGCACUGGCCUGCCCCCCUGAGGGACUGUCGUUGGACACAGAAUGGGAGAACUGGAAGAUGACACACAAGAAGGAGUACAAUGGCCUUGGUGAGGAGGGUCUACGGAGGGCUGUCUGGGAGAAGAACCUGCAGCUGAUCGAAGUCCACAACAGGGAGUAUGAGCUGGGCAUGCAUUCCUACGAGCUGGGCAUGAACCACCUGGGAGACAUGACUGCAGAGGAAGUGGCAGAGAAGAUGACAGGUCUGCAGGUCCCUCCUGUAAGGAAUCGCAACGCCACCUUCGCCCCUGACAGCAGCCUGAAGCGACUGCCCAAAUUCAUCGACUACCGCAAGCUGGGCUACGUCACCCCAGUCAGGAACCAGGGAUCCUGUGGCUCCUGCUGGGCAUUUAGCUCAGCUGGGGCCCUGGAAGGCCAGCUGAUGAAGACCCAUGGGAAACUUAUUUCGCUCAGCCCCCAGAACUUGGUGGACUGUGUAAGCGAGAACAGCGGCUGUGGGGGUGGUUACAUGACCAACGCCUUUGAAUACGUCAAGGAGAACCAGGGAAUUGAGUCUGAAGAUGCCUACCCUUACAUUGGGCAGGAGCAGCAGUGCGCUUACAGCACAGCUGGCUGGGCGACAUCCUGCCGCGGCUACAAGGAGAUCAAGGAGGGAGAUGAGUGGGCGCUGCAUGCCGCUGUGGCCAAAGUGGGACCCGUGUCCGUGGCCAUAGACGCCACUCUCUACAGCUUCCAGUUCUACAAGCGCGGUGUGUACUAUGACCGCAACUGCAACAAGGAAGACCUCAACCACGCAGUGCUCGUGGUUGGCUAUGGAGUCACCAACAAGGGCAAGAAGUACUGGAUCAUCAAGAACAGCUGGAGUGAGCAGUGGGGAAACAAGGGCUACAUCCUGAUGGCACGAAACCGCGGCAACUUCUGCGGAAUCGCCAGCCUUGCCAGUUUUCCCGUCAUGUAA